AUGGACUUAAACGCCUUGCUAACGGCGCAAAGCGACGCUCAUGGUCGCAUCGCCCGUUCGGUCACCAACUUGAAGAAGAUGGGCGCGGAGAACAUCACGCUACACGCUGUUGAAACACGCCUUGAACUCCUCGACAAGAUAUGGGCCAAGGUCGAAGCACAGCACGAAACCAUUCGAACACUCUUCAAAGAAGAAUUUGAUGAGAGUGAGUACAACCAAACACAAUUUUUCGACACCAUUGAAAUUACGUACAUGCAAGAGCGAAGCGCAUUGAACGAAUACGCGAUAAAGCUCCAAGCCGCGAAUCCGACAAGCGCCGCGUCGAGCAAGGAGCCCGGCGGCGUUUCCUCCGCAUCGGCCUUACCUAGACUCCGAGUAAAAUCGUUUUCGGGCGCGUUCGAGGACUGGCCCACCUUCCGGGACAGCUUCAUGUCGAUCGUCGGAAAACACAAGUCCCUCUCGAACAUUGAGAAGUUCCACCACUUGCGGCACUGCCUUGAAGGAGCAGCUGAAAAGGUAAUUCGUCCGUUAGCCGUGAUCGGGGAAAACUAUCCGCGCGCGUGGUCGAUGCUGACGGAGCAUUAUGAAAACGAGAAGGAAGUGGCUCGCUCCAACUUCUCUGCCUUUACCGCGGUUCCUAAAAUGAAGAGCGACACCGCGGAAGAACUGAAUCGCGUCUUCAACGCCGUAACAAGCGUCGUAAGUGGACAGGAGGGCAUCGGUCGGCCCAUCGAGUCACACGGUUACGAUCUUUUGAACCACCUCGUGACCGACUUGUUCGACCCUAGAACUCGUCUCGAGUGGGCCGCAUUCACCAGCGAGUCGAACGAUGUCCCGAGUCAUGAAACGCUGAUGAAGUUCAUCACGCGACGAGCUCUCACGCUCAAAGCGGCCAGAACGCCAACCGCCAAACCAUCCGGAGACCCGUCGCGAUCCGCGAAGUCUCAUCACUCCAAGGGGGUCGCCACGUCGGCACAGUGUGUCUUGUGCAAGGGCAAGCACAACGUCAUGAUGUGCGACGAAUUCAAGACGAAGUCCGCGACCGACCGCAAAGCCGUCGCGGAAACGCAUCGAUUGUGCUACAAUUGCCUCGGUCCUCAUUUGUUCGCAAAGUGUCAGUCCGCGAAAACUUGCAGCACGUGCAAGGCGCGGCACCACUCAAUGCUUCACGACGCGUACACCACUGCCCAACCCGCCGAGGCCAACGCGCUCUCAGCUGUGCAACGGGAGGAUGACACUCGGGCGAUUCUUCUCGCGACCGCGAGAGUGAACGUCGCCGACCGCCACGGAGCCCCGUACACUAUUCGAGCGUUGAUCGAUCAGGGCUCGGAGGUAUCACUCAUCUUCGAGUCCCUAGUGCAACGCCUGCACUUGCCGCGGUCCAAGUCCUCGGUGUCGAUCGUUGGCAUCGGGGGAACCCGCACCGGGACGAGCCGAGGAAGAGUCUCGCUCAGCCUCGCGUCCACCGUCAACGAGACCAAGUUGACCGCUGUCGCCUUCGUUCUUCCUCGUCUCUCGCUCUACCAGGGUGGAAGCACGCAGGUUGGAGCCCCGUGGCCUCACGUGAAGGGGCUGCAGUUGGCCGAUCCAUGGUUCCGGGCCAACGAUCCGAUCGAGCUUCUCCUUGUCGCUGAGGUAUGCUCCAUCAUCCUUGAGGAGGGUCUUCGGAAGGGAGGUCCUUUGGCUCCCGUCGCUCAACGCACAUCACUUGGAUGGAUACUGUCCGGCGGAUGCGUCGACUCGUCAGGUUCGAAGCCGCGCACUUCCCUGCAGUGCUCGGCCGAGCACGAGCUUUCCUCGCUGGUGCAGCGCUUUUGGGAGCAGGAGCAGGAACCCUCCGCUCCCAUCGCCCUCACUCCUGACGAGCAGUUGUGCGAGGAGUUUUUCAAUCGCACUCACACUCGCACCUCCUCAGGGCGGUACAUGGUGAGGCUGCCAUUUGCCUUUCCGCCGCCAACACUCACGGAGACUCGCAAGUCUGCGGAACGCCUGCUGCACGCCGUCGAGCGGAAAGGCAGCCGGGACACGCGGUUCGGAGAACUCUACCGCUCCUGCCUAAGGGAGUACGGAAACGUUCAGCAUAUGACGCGCGUGACUGGCGCGUCUAAUCCUCCCACCUACGCUCCACCAGCUCUGCAUGGCGGGUUUCCACUCCGCAAAUGGGCCGCGAACUGCCCUGAGAUUCUCGCCGGAACUCCACUGGAACACCGCCUGACCAAACCACACUCCUGGGAGCACGAGAUACACUCCACGUUGGGACUGCGAUGGCAUCCCAACGACGACACCUUCGCGUUUGCGAUCCAGCCUCGUGUCGUUGCCAGUUACACGAAGAGGAGCGUUCUCGCGGAGACAGCGCGACUCUUCGAUCCGCUCGGAUGGUUGACACCCGUCAGCAUCCGAGCGAAAAUUCUAAUUCAGGCAACCUGGAUGAAGCGGCUGGAUUGGGACACGCCACUCCCGUCAGUGGACACGCUCCAAUGGGAGAGCUUCUUCAAGGAGCUGCCACUCCUCGAGGGUCUGCGCGUGAACCGCUGGCUCGGCAGUGGCGCCAAGAGUUCACGCUCUGAGCUCCACGGCUUUGCCAAUGCUUCUGAGCGGGCGUACGCAGCGGCGGUCUACCUCCGCCUCGAGCAUGGCUCCGGAGUCCGCGUGCAGUUGCUCACCGCCAAAAGCAAAGUUGCCCCGCUCAAGCCCGUCACUCUGCCGCGUCUAGAGCUCUGCUCCGCUGCCCUGCUCACCAAACUCGUGGCACACACUCAGUCAAUUUUAGGUCUGUCCGCAGCUCCAGUAUUCCUCUGGUCAGACUCGCAGGUAGCGCUGCACUGGAUCCAAAGCCACGCAUCACGAUGGAAGACGUAUGUGGCUAACCGAGUGGCUCUUAUCCAGGAGCUCCUUCCCGAGGCUCAAUGGCGUCACGUCCCGGGCCGAGAGAAUCCUGCCGAUUGCGCUUCUCGGGGGAUAUCGCCAACCGACCUCUUACACCAUCCUUUGUGGUGGUCUGGCCCUUCCUGGCUGCACGAGGACCGAGCGAGCUGGCCGAUGGAGACCCCUGACGUCACUCCCCGGGAGAUCCCCGAGGGGAGAGCCACUGCUCACGGUGCCGUCACCGAGACCGUCGAAGAGCCGGAGCUCCUCCUCCGGUUCUCCGAGUUGCACCGGCUCCUGAGGGUGACCGCCUGGUGCCUGCGUUGGCGAAACGUCUCGAGGAGGGCUCGAGCGAGUCUACCGGCGCGAACACUACGUGCCGACGAACUCGACGCGGCUCUUGUGCGGUGGCUCCGAGUGGUGCAGGCUCUGCACUACCCUACCGAGGUCGCGACCACCGAGGACAACCGCGCACUAUCGAAAAGGAGCACUCUAAUAAAAUUGAAUCCUUACCUGAGUGACAACGGGGUGCUCAGGGUGGGAGGACGACUGCGGCACUCGGCGCUACCACUCGAUGAAAGGCACCCGAUGAUUUUACCUCCAUGGUCCCACCUCACAAAGCUGCUCGUGGAGGCUUAUCACCGACGCACUCUGCACAGGGGAGUUCAGCUGACGCUUGGCAUGCUCCGACUCCGCUUCUGGAUUCCGCAGGGCCGAACCGUCGUGAAACGCUAG